AUGGAACAGACCAGCCAGGCCACGCUCGAGCUGCUCGAGUCGCGUGUCCGCCGCGUCGAGCACUUGUUGUACGGCGACGACGGCAACACGCCCAAAGACGCCGACUCCCUGCCGGCCAAGCCCGCCGUCGACGCCCUGGCCGAUCUCGAGCGGCGCUUCUCGUCCUUGGUCUCCAACGUCCGCGUCUACGCCGAGUUGCUGAAAAUUUACAAAUCCCACCCCUCGCUCUUCCAGGCACCGCCCGCCGAUGUGCCGCCCACCCAGCUCGACCGCGACGCUCUCCGUGCCGUCGUCCUCAGCUACGCCAGUGCCUUCCCCGCCACCGCGUCGGCCCUCAAUGCCGCCCUCGUCGACACGCCCGUGCCGGAAGCAGCACUGAGCGCACAGCUCGUGGGACUUGUCCCCCGGAUGGAGGCCCUGGCACAGUCACAGAAGCAGCUGGAUGCCGAGGUGGCUGGCCUCCGCGGCCGCAGCGAGCGCCUCGUGCGGCAGUACUACGAGCGGCAGGCGCUGGGGGCGUCCAACAUGGUUGCAAGCGUAGAGGCUCGCGUGGAGCGGGCCGAGGGCCAGAUACGGCGAUUGGAGACGGCGGCGCGGAAGGCCGAGCAGGAAGGUGUGUGA